UUUCACGAUGAUGAACUCACAAAAUAGUUCUCCAGUAAUGAUCCAAAGAACUUUUGAAGAUGCCCCUAGAAUUCAAACCAUGAUUCAAACAUCUUGAUCGUAAGAGAAACGCGUAGAUGUAGUUUUCGACACCUCUGAUGACUGCUUUGGUGAGUGGCCGUGCAGUUAUUGGUAUUCGUGUAGGUCUAUAUUGAUUCACCAUAAUCGUUAUCAAGGAAGCACAUUACGAGAUUCGAAACAGCAGGGACUUCCCAACAUUAUUAUGAAGCGCAAUGCAAAGUACAAAGUCAUUCUGCUGCCCCACGUUUGGUCAGUUGCUUUGCGUUUGGUCAGUUGAGAGGGUGGUGAGACAACCAUCAGCUGGGACUCUUCCUUGUUCUAAAUCAGGCAACAAAGCAGUAAAGGUCCACAGUCAUUGAUCAUGGAGGACGGCCAAUUGCCACUACGGAUAGGCCUGGCCAUCUUGGGGCUGUUGCCAGGUCCUCGGUCAAAAACGACGGCAGGUCGGUGUGCAAGUCUGUGGCAUCGGUGCCGGGGCUACGAAAUAUUAUGGGAUGAUGAAAAGAGCUAUGGAGUCGUUUCCUUCCUACUUAUAUUGCUGAUCGUGGUGUUCCACUUUGUCGAUCUCGCCAUCAUUUUCAAGGAUUAUCUGGGUAAACGACAAGACACUGUGUUCUUCAUUUCUUACUUGACGUACCUUCCCCAACUGACGAUAACCCUGCUGUUCUGUCUGAUUGCUCGAUUGUACAUCUCUUGCUUCUAUGAUUCCACUAGAGAUCGCCUGGCCGUGUUCUCUGAGGUGUACUUGAAGGAGCGUUUGGAGCAUAGCCCCAGUAAAAUGUGGUGGCGUCUCCUUGGUUUCAUGGCGCUACCAACUCCUUGCAUCAUCAUGAAAUUGAUGGUGUUCUUCCUGGAAUCUGGAAGUACAAAUUGCCCAAGGGAUGCCUUCGUUUACAUCAGGACCAUAGGGGGUGUGGCUGGUUACGCCCUCUAUGGAAUCUUCUGUUUCGUCAUCCACUGCCUCCAGAUGUCACAUCGGGAGGAAUUUCACCAAACUGCCGUCAGGAUUAGCAAGCGGGGUGCGCCUGACAUCGAGACCACCAAGGCCGAAAUCAGGAAGCUGUGCUUUGGCUUUCGAAGCUAUCGCGAUUUCGGUGGGAGAUGGAUGGUACUGUCGGUGUCCAUAGCGGUCUUGGGGGUCGUCUUUGCGAUCCCUUAUACUAUGGAUACAUUGCCAGAGAUCAGAAAAGACAUCAAGCGGGAGGAGUCCAACUUGAUGCUGUGGACCGUCUUCACUUGGUGUGACAAGGUCGUCUUUCUGGCUGGUCCCCUUUUGGCUGUUUGGGGUUUGGACGUUGGACGUCCUUGGCGCUACUUCAGAGAAAGAAUCCUGCAGACAUGGAAUCGGCCAGGCGACAAUAACAGAGACAACAAAGCAGACGGAAUUGAUAGUGAGACACUGGAAGCGAUCAUCAACCACAUGACUCUUCUGAAAGACGGUGGGUCCUGGAUCAAGUCAACUCUGGUCUCGGCCAUGCUCAGCAUCUAUCUGGGCACUACGCUGGACCCUUCUCAAGACCUGGACCCAUGGAUUGGUUUAGCUUGUAGGCCCAAUUUUAACCACACUGAAUAACA